GUAUGGGGAUUUUCUCAAUCACAUAACCAUUGAAGUCCUUUGCCUAAGCUUUCAUUGAGUUCGAAGUCAGUCAGCAGUCGGUUCUCUGGCUCUUGAAAUCUUUACUGAGCAAAAGAUUAGAUUUUUGAGUCUUUGUUCAUCUAUUAAAAUAGUUAAAAAGUUCACUGACUGCUGUGAUAGUUGUUCAAAAUCAACACCAAAAAAGGGAAAAAAAUAAAAAGCAUAAUUUGGAAAUAAGUGAAAGAAUUGAAAACGAAAGAGUGAAGUGGAAAAAGAGUUUAGAAUGGGUGAAAUAGAAAUAACAGUGACAAAUAAUGAACCAACUGCUAAAAAUAUUCUAAUUGUGGUUUCAAAUCGACUACCCUUUGUGCUGACAAGAGACCCUAAAACAAAAGUUUUAUCGAGGAAAGCAAGCGCCGGAGGACUGGUAACUGCAGUAUGUCCUGUGGUAAUAAAUGGAAAUGGAAUUUGGGUUGGCUGGCCUGGUCUGCAUCUUCCGGAUCCAAAUGAACCUAUUCCAGAACCAGAUCCAAAUGAUCGCACACCAACAGCCGGAUUGAAAUCGGACCAGGUCGUCCCAGUGAACGUAGACCCCGCCACAUUCGAUAGCUACUACAAUGGAUGUUGUAAUGGUACAUUUUGGCCACUUUUUCACUCAAUGCCUGGACGAGCAGCAUUCAGCGCGAGCGAUUAUCGGAACUACGUAACUGUCAACAAGUGUUUUGCAGCCAAGACAAUUGAAGCUUUGGAAAAAUGCCACAAGAAUAAGAAAAAUCCCAACGCUGUGCCAAUCAUCUGGAUCCACGACUAUCACCUAAUGCUGGCAGCCAAUUGGAUUCGUGAAGAGGCUGAAGAAAAGAAACUGCCCUGUCAACUGGCCUUCUUCAUGCACAUUCCAUUCCCACCAUGGGAUAUCUUCAGAUUGUUCCCGUGGUCCGAUGAAAUCCUUCAAGGAGUCCUGGGUUGUGAUAUGGUCGGCUUUCAUAUUCAGGAUUACUGCCUGAACUUCGUGGAUUGUUGUCAGAGGAAUCUGGGAUGUCGUGUUGAUCGGAAUAACUUGUUGGUUGAGCAGGGUGACCGAUCAGUGAGGAUUCGUCCGCUUCCUAUUGGUAUUCCAUUCGAAAGAUUUGAGGAAUUAGCAAAGAAAGCGAAAAGAGUUCUAAAAACGAAACAAAAGGUUAUUUUAGGAGUUGAUCGAUUAGACUACACAAAAGGACUUGUUCAUAGGUUAAAAGCAUUUGAAGCUCUGUUGGAGCUGCAUCCUGAACACAGAGGUAACGUAAGCUUACUGCAAGUUUCAGUCCCUUCACGAACAGAUGUGAAGGAAUACCGUGAGCUCAAGGAGGAAAUGGAUCAAUUGGUCGGUCGAAUCAACGGACGAUUCACUACAGCCAACUGGGCCCCUAUUCGUUAUAUCUAUGACUAUGUCGCCCAAGAUGAUUUGGCUGCCCUUUAUCGAGACGCUGCUGUUUGCCUAGUUACCCCAUUACGAGAUGGAAUGAAUUUGGUCGCCAAGGAGUUUGUCGCUUGCCAGAUCAACGAAUCACCUGGGGUUUUAGUUAUAUCACCCUUUGCAGGCGCAGGUGAAAUGAUGUUGGAAGCAUUGCUGUGCAACCCCUACGAAGUAACCGAAGCGUCAGAAGUGAUUCAUCGAGCGUUGACCAUCUCUGAAGACGAAAGAAUUCUAAGAAUGAGUCGAUUAAGGUCUCGUGAGAAAGAAUGUGAUGUCAACCAUUGGAUGAGGAGCUUUUUAAAGGCAAUGGGAACAUUGGAAGUGGACGAUGUUGGUACAACUACAAUGCAACCGGUUUCAAUAGACGACUUCGAUGACUACUUGCUGAAAUACAUUGGCUACAAUCAUAAGUUAGCUUUAUUGAUGGACUACGACGGUACUCUGGCUCCCAUAGCACCUCAUCCAGAUUUGGCAAUCUUAUCACCGGAAACUAAGAAUGUACUCUUCAAACUAUCGAAUCACUCAGAUGUUUAUGUAGCAAUCAUUUCGGGACGAAGUGUUGACAACGUAAAGAAAAUGGUAGGCAUCGAAGGUAUCACAUACGCAGGUAACCACGGAUUGGAAAUUCUACAUCCUGACGGCAGCAAAUUUGUUCACCCAAUGCCAAAUGAAUACGAAGAAAAAGUUAGGUUACUUCUUAAGGCACUCCAGGAUUCUGUAUGCCGAGAUGGUGCCUGGGUAGAAAAUAAAGGACCUUUGUUAACAUUCCACUACCGAGAGACACCUAAUGAACUCAGGCCAGCUAUGAUCGAGAAAGCUCGUACCUUGAUUGAAAAGUAUGGAUUCCGCGCAACAGAGGCUCAUUGUGCCUUGGAAGCUAGACCUCCAGUACAAUGGAAUAAGGGUCGCGCCUCAAUUUAUAUUCUGAGAACGGCAUUUGGCGUUGACUGGAGUGAAAGGAUAAAAAUCAUAUAUGCUGGCGACGAUUUAACGGACGAAGAUGCCUUGGUGUCCCUCAAAGGUAUGGCCAGGACCUUCCGUAUCACAAGCUCGGACUUCGUCAAAACCGCUGCGGAUCAUCGUCUACCAUCAACGGAUUCGGUACUGACUUUGCUGAAGUGGGUAGAACGACAUUUCAUGGGAAGGAAGGCUCGAGCGAACUCAUUGACUUUUCGAAAUCGAAAAGAGGAUGGUGUAACCACUCAUAUGUCAUUUGACUUGGUACCGAAUACUCUGAAUAACUGUGACAAUUUGUAGAUAAGUAUUUGGAUGAAAACCAAUCGAAGCCUAAUUCAAAUUUGGUUUUAAUCAUUGAUUUUAUAAGAUAAUUAGGUUGUAUUAAUGUUUAGGGAAUAGAAAAUUCAAAUCAGUAAAAAAACUGAAAAGAUUAUGGUGAAAUGUAGAAUUCUAUAUUCAUAUUUAUGAGUAAAUUUGAUUCCCAAAGGAAUUUAUAGACCAAUGUCUCAUUCACAAAAAUAAUAUGAAUCCUUAGAUGUACUUUCAAUCAAAUCGCGGUGACGUCUGUCAUGCACCUCUUACCUGUAUAAAAGCAGCACUAGGCAUAAGCAAAGUAAAGCCGGAAAGCUGGAUUGUGUAAUGUUGAUAAAUACAGAGCAAAUAAAAACCAUAAGAAAUAA